UGCGUGAUCGCGUGAUUUGUGGAAGAGUUACGAAACUCAUUUACAACCGCGAUAAUUAUCGAACACGGCGAUUUUGACAGUCGGGAAAUGGUAACGCUUUCGGUGGAUGAUCAUUUCCUAUCGGCUUACCUUUUUUAUGGCGCCAUACUAAUGCUUAAGACUUGGGUAAUGUCCUUUGUAACCGCGAGGCAUCGUAUUGCGAACAAGGCGUUUCCAAGUCCAGAGGAUUAUAGGCGCAGACCCGUCCCAAUAAAUGCUGAUGUGGAAAGAGUGAGAAGAGCUCAUCUUAAUGAUCUGGAGAACAUUCCAAUAUUCAUGAUCACAGCGUGGUUGUACAUGUUUUCUGGCAUGCCAGUCUCGUGGGGAAUUUGGUGCUUACGGGUCUUCACGGCCGCCAGGGUCUUUCACACCAUAGUUUAUUUGAACGCCUUCAGCUACCCAAGGGCUGUGAGUUUCGCGGUUGGUGCAUGUUGCACAGCGUUUAUGGCCAUUUGCGUGUUAUAUUCUGUAAUUUGAGCCGUUGAGAAUGACGUCUAAAAUAGUUGAAACUGCCAGAUUUGAAUAUUAAAUUCGGUGUAAAAAUCACAGCCUUCUUCGCAAACCCUUAUCAGUUAUUGGCGUUGUUUUCAACCUAGGAGCGCUAAGAUAAGUAGGCAGACAGCAAUAACAAUAACGAUGACGACGUCAACAAAUAUCGCGUUCGACGAUGGCGUUGACGAAAAAGAUGACGAUUAACAACAGUGACGAUGACGAUGACGAUGACGAUGACGAUGACGAUGACGAUGACGAUGACGAUGACGAUGACGAUGACGAUGACGAUGACGAUGACGAUGACGAUGACGAUGACGAUGACGAUGGCGAUGACGACGACGACGACGACGAUGACGACGUUGACCUUGAUGUUUGAUUACAAAAUUCCUGACAUAGUAUUAUACAUUGGGAAGAUAUGUGCGGUCUUGCCUUUCUAAGCAUUAUAUAAACAAUUUUGUUCACUGAAUCAGCACAUCGAGGGAGAGAGUCUGGUGGUUCUGCUGUGCGUUUGAUUAGAUUCUGACUCGUGAUAAGUUGUUCCGUGAUAUUAAAGAUAAUUCGAUUUUUUGCAA